AUGUUGGCUGCAUUUCUUAUGAAAUCGUGUUUCCUGUGCUCCAGUAAUCAAGGUCCAGCCAAUGGAACAGCUGCUAACACAAACCAGCCGAGCAGCCCUUUGAAGGUCACAGUGAAGAUUAUCAAAGAUCCACUCCUGGACUACGGUUUUAUGGUCUCAGAAGAUUCACCAGCUGCCACUAGUGAACGUGUGCGUGAAGGUGACGAGAAUGUGGAGCGAGGUAACUGGUCCUCGAAGAUUGACUACUUGCUCUCAGUGAUCGGUUCUGCUGUGGGUUUGGGCAAUAGUGCUGCCAAUCCAGCAGUGAACAGAAAUGAUGAAAAUGUGAAGAGAGGUAACUGGUCCUCGAAGACUGACUACUUGCUCUCGAUGAUUGGCUGUGCUGUGGGUCUAGGCAAUGUCUGGAGAUUCCCUUUCCUGGCUUACAAAAAUGGAGGAGGUGUAUUUCUUAUUCCCUACUCAAUCAUGCUGGGUCUUGUUGGGAUACCAAUAUUUUUCUUGGAAUCUUCCUUUGGACAGUUUGCCAGCCUCGGGCCUGUUGCAGUGUGGAAAUCUGUACCAAUGUUACAAGGUGUUGGAUUCACCAUGGUCCUUCUGAUCGUAAUUGCCAACAUUUCCUAUGCCUGCAUUAUUGGUUACAGUCUGUACUACCUGUUUGCUUCCUUCCAAUCACCCCUACCAGCGCCUCCGAGCCUGAUUAGAAGUGGCCGGCCGUUCGGCGACCUCUCAAUCCCUGCCAACAGGCGUGUCUCCACUCCCUUCCCACGUUCGGGGUCACCAAAACUUCAAGCAGUUUUACACCGUACAAGUUCAUUGGAUGAGACUGGGGAGAUAGUCUGGCAUUUAGCCCUCUGUCUGCUUCUAGCCUGGCUGAUGGUUGGGGCAGCAUUUUUGAAAGGAAUCAAAUCUUCAGGAAAGGUUGUUUAUUUCACUGCAAUUAUCCCGUAUGUGGUUGUGACGAUACUCCUGAUCCGAGGGGUUACCCUGGAGGGAGCCUCUAAAGGAAUUGAAUUCUACAUCGGAAGCCAUUCAGACUUCUCCAAACUGGCUGAUGCUCAGGUCUGGAAAGAUGCUGCAACACAAAUUUUCUACUCGACAUCAGUGGGUUGGGGCAGUUUAAUCACAUUGUCAUCCUACAACAAAUUCCACAACAACUGUUACCAAGAUACCAUCAUUGUCUGUGUUGUUAAUUGUGCUACGAGUGUGUUUGCGGGAUUUAUCAUCUUCUCCACUCUUGGACACAUGGCUCAUGUGCAAAACAAGCCCGUUUCAGAGGUUGCACGGUCAGGGUUUGGUUUGGACUUUAUUGCCUACCCAGAGGCCCUUGCACAGUUGCCAUGGGCAACUUUAUGGUCCAUUUUAUUUUUCUUCAUGCUGCUCACUUUGGGACUUGACACAUUGUUUGCAAGUUUUGAAACAGUAAUAACAAGCCUGCUGGACCAGUUUCCUGAGUUCCUUAGGCCAAAGCGUCUUUAUCUGACAGCUGGUCUUUGUUUGUUAUUUUAUUUCCUUGGCCUUCUGUUUGUAACACAGGAUACCGCCAAUGAACAUGGUGCUGUGGGUGAUGAGAAUGUGGAACGGGGUAACUGGUCUUCGAAGACUGAUUACCUGCUCUCAAUGAUUGGUAAUGCAGUGGGUUUUGGGAAUGUUUGGAGAUUUCCUUACCUGGCUUACAAAAAUGGAGGAGGUAUGCCUCAACCACUGAUAUGGUUCUCGGAAAACGCCACGCUUCUGGGUAAGAAACUUACAGCCAGGCUUGAAAUUGAGUGCGAGAGUGAACAGCAGGCCUGUCCCAGCAGCCAGCGAAGAGAGAGGGAGAGAGAGAUCUGUCCCAGCAGUCAGGAGAGCCCCCCCGAGAGAGCCCAGGUUCCGAUUCUUCCUCCACCGCUUCUGGCGGAGAGCCCUGCAGUGAUGCAAAAACAGGUACAACAAUACCCCGGCCUGUGCGACUACCAGCAGGUGGGACGCUAUACGGAUCCAAGGCGGGAUAACAAUCCAUGA